AUGCCGUUAGGUGCUUUAGAUUCGCUCGUUGAGGGAGUUGGUUCUCUAAAGAUGACUCUUAGUACCGUUGGUAAUGCAGAGCGUAAUUCCUUUGUAUCUUUUACAAAGCAAUUAAAAAACGAAGUCACCUCGUCUAAACAGAGCUACUGCCCAAGUCCGCAGGGUAGUUUCUACUCGACAACAAAUUACACCGAGGCUAAACAGAGCUUUACAAACACCGAGGCGAGCGAGUGUGUGAGCAGCAGCCUUGGAAAAUCCAUCGAGAGUGGUGAAAAUGAAAUUAACAACUCGUUCGAAUUAGUCGAGAGCAGAAAAACCAGUAGCAGUGACAUUAGUGACGAGAGCAGCUCGAGUAGCUUUAGCAGUGCCCUUUAUUACAAGCCACCUCACAAGGCGAACGAUGUGAGGUGGGAGGCAAUCCAUGCCGUUGGGUCUCGUGGUGGGGCCCUCGAGCUGAGUAAUUUCAGGAUUUUUAAGAGGCUCGGUUGUGGGGACAUUGGGAGUGUUCAUUUGGCGGAGCUGAUCGGGACUGGGAUUUUGUUUGCCGUGAAAGUGAUGGAUAAAGAGGCGCUUGCUGGCCGGAAAAAGGUCCUUCGGGCUCAGACAGAGAGGGAGAUUUUGCAGUCUCUUGAUCACCCUUUUCUGCCGACUUUGUACACGCACUUCGAGACCGAAAGAUUUUCUUUUCUUGUGAUGGAGUUUUGCUCCGGGGGUGAUUUGCACACGGUUAGGCAGAAACAGCCCGGGAAGUUUUUCCCCGAGCAUGCAGCAAGAUUUUACCUGGCUGAAGUCCUCCUAGCUCUCGAGUACCUCCACAUGCUCGGAAUAAUCUACCGAGACCUCAAACCCGAAAAUGUCCUUGUCCGGGAAGAUGGCCACAUCAUGCUCUCGGAUUUCGACCUUUCCCUUAGAUGCUCCGUGAGCCCAACACUUGUCAAAUUCGAGUCCAAAAGCUCCUCCUCCGGGUAUUGCAUGCAGCCCACAGCCUGCCUGGAACCCACCUGCUUCGGCCCGCGUUUUCUGGGCAUGCCCAAAAGGGACCGUAAGGCCAGAAAAGUUACUGACCCCGAACUCAUAGCUGAGCCCACAAAUGCCCGGUCCAUGUCAUUUGUAGGGACCCACGAGUAUUUGGCGCCCGAGAUCAUCAAAGGAGAAGGCCAUGGAAGUGCAGUUGACUGGUGGACUUUGGGAAUUUUCUUGUACGAACUGCUGUUCGGGAGGACCCCGUUCAAAGGGUCGGGCAACCGGGCGACCCUUUUCAAUGUGGUCGGGCAGCCGCUGAAGUUCCCGGAGGCUCCCACGGUGAGUUUUGCUGCCCGGGAUCUUAUUCGGGGGCUGCUCGUUAAGGAGCCGCAGAACAGGCUGGCGUAUAGACGUGGGGCAACCGAGAUCAAGCAGCACCCGUUUUUUCAGAGUGUGAAUUGGGCUUUGAUACGAUGCGCGAACCCUCUGGAGGUGCCAUUGCCGUUCGUGAUGGGCCAGGAGGGGGGUGGGCCUACGCCUGGGCCCACGGUGGGGAAGGGAGGCGGAGUUGACGUGAAGCAGUCCGGUAACUACUACGAAAUAGAUUUUUUCUAG